AUUCAUAUUAGCAGGUCCAACAAGUAAACAACAUUGACGAUACUUAUAACGCUUGUCAUGAAAUAAUUUGAAGUUUUAAAUUUCAAAUCAGUUGCUAAAGAUAAGUCGAUACGACCACCAGCGUAUAUUGGGACUGAUAUUUCUGUCUUUUGCGAAAAGGAAUGACAUCAUUAAGCCCUUACUAAAGUAAUUUUCCACAAUUAUGUUUACCAUUUGGUUGACCUUUGCCUUCGCCUUGUUCUAUUGGCUUUAUAGAGUCAAUAAGAACUAUCAUGUUUUGGGUUUUUUUGCUAAACGAGUCUAUACCCAAAAUGGCAAACCAGUGGAAAGUCUAGUGGGAGUGCCCAAGGGAUUAAGUGGUUUAAGAAAUUUGUUUGCUAAUUUUGGCAAGGAUAAUGCCAGUGUGUUUACUUAUCUGCGUGAGGUAUCCAAGCGAAUGGGCCACAGAAGUUACAUUCAAUAUGGAAUGGGCAGGACCAUGUUAAGUGUUGUUGAUGCUGAAUACGCUGAAAUAGUGCUUAACGAUCAGAAUUUGAUAAACAAAGGUCUGGUCUACACAUUUCUGGAACCUGCUCUUAAAAAUGGAUUGCUUAUUGCAUCAGGUCAGAAAUGGCAUAGCCGUAGGAAAAUGCUAACACCCACGUUUCACUUUAAUAUAAUGGGUCAAUUUCAAGAGGUUUUUAAAACUGAAAGUCUGAAAUUUGUUCAACCUUUUCUAAAAGAAGAGGAAAUUGAUAUAACUCUGAAUGAUAUUAUUCCACGAUUUACCCUAAAUACCAUUUGUGAGACCGCAAUGGGUAUCAAAUUGGAUGACAUGGCUGAAGAGGGCGAUCGUUAUCGGAAUAGUUUUUCAAAGAUUGAUCAAUGUUUUGCUCGGCGUUUGACUAAUCCAUUUCUUUGGAACAGGAAAAUUUAUGAUUUAAUAGCGGCAAAAGAUUAUGAACCACACUUGAAAGAAGUUCAUAGGUUUUCCAGUGAGAUUAUAGCUAAACGUAAAGUCCUUUUCGAGAAGGAACUAGAGCAACGGCGUAAUACAAAGACAACAGAGGAUGAUUUAUUCAUCAACAAGAAGCAACGCUAUGCCAUGCUGGAUACUUUGUUAUGCGCCGAAAGCGAUGGAUUAAUCGAUCAUGCGGGCAUAUGUGAGGAAGUUGACACUCUGAUGUUUGCUGGCUUUGAUACCACCUCAAUGGGUCUCAUAUUUGGGCUAAUGAAUAUGUCUGUCUAUCCGGAGCUGCAGGAUCUUUGUUUUAAGGAGAUUGAGGAGUAUGUAGAUGAUGACUUUAGCAAUUUGGAUAGUAAUCUGCUGGGCAAGCUAAAGCAUUUGGAAUGCUUUGUUAAGGAAACAAUGCGAAUGUAUCCAUCUGUGCCUAUUAUCAGCCGGAAAACUAUUCAAGAUACUACUUUAUCCAAUGGCUUGGUUUUGCCCAAAAAUACAGAUGUCACCUUGCUUAUUUUUGACAUUCUUCGUAAUCCAAAACACUGGGAUUCACCAGAUGAAUUCAAACCAGAACGCUUUUUACCCGAAAAUUCCCAAAAUCGUCCAACAUAUGCAUUUGUUCCUUUCAGUGCGGGACAGAGAAACUGCAUAGGUCAAAAAUAUGCCAUGCAGGAAAUGAAAACUCUAAUGGUGGUUAUACUGAAAAGUUUCAAGAUUUUGCCUCUUGUCGAUCCAAAAGCUCUUGUAUUUAAUGUUGGCAUUACUUUAAGAACUAAAACUGAUAUAAAAGUUAAACUUGUGAGACGUAAAUGAGUCUAUUGCAUUUUUGUAAAUACAACUCAUCAGUAGUUAACUGCAAUUUCAUGUUUUGUUAUAUAUGUAUAUCUAUA